AAGUAAAAAUGUGUGUCAGCGGUCGAAACAGCGAGUGUAUUCAGCGUCCUGCACACAAUUCUGUUCAUUGCAAGUGUUUUCCUUGAUGCAGUGGUCUUGUCUGUACACUACACAAAGAUUAUAUUCUAAAAUAAAGAAUGUUUUAAUUUGGAAAACACUAAAACCACGUGCGUUUGUAACGCAAAUUUCAAACCUGACGCCAACCAACGUUGAAAGCCAGAGUCGAUAACCAUGAUAUUCAGAUUGGUCACGUGACCUGUUUAUUUCGAGCGGAAGGGGUUCCCGCCGGACAUUUUUUUUUAGGGAAUUCCUCAUGUUAAACGUCAACACCCCGAUUAUACUCUUAAUGAACGAUACUGUUCGAUAGUGUGAAUUAGUCAGUAUCGAUUUUCAGAAUGAGUUACGGUUUGGAAGAUAACUUGGACUGUGAGGAACCAUUUAGUGUGGAUGAUAAUUUAUCAGCGCUACAGAAGUUAGAAAAAUAUAUGGAAAGUGAUAAUGUAUAUACAAGACAAAUGGUAGCCAAAGGUCUGCUUGAUACUUUACACUCUGUCGACACAGAACAGACUCGGGCCGUACUCACAGCUAUGGUCAAACUGUCAGAGGAUUCAGAUCCAAUAGUUAGGUCUGAACUGAUGGAUCAAGUUCCACAUAUUGCUCUUUAUUGUCACAAGAAUGGAGACCUCAUUCAUAACGCAGUUGAAGAGUACAUUCUGCCUAUGGUUGUUCGUUACCUUGAUGAUGCAAAUAAUCAGGUCCGUAAAACAAGCCAGGCAGCAUUACUGGUUUUAUUGGAGCAAGAUCUAGUAACCAAAGAACUUGUGGAAAGCCUGGUUGUGCAUGUGAUCUUGGAACUUGCUGGAGUUGACAGUCUGGACGAGUACAGGACAGAAGCAGUGGCACUGAUGAGCAAAAUGGCUCCACUGUUGGGAAAAGAGAUGACAGAGAGAGUCUUCCUUGAUCGCUUCUGUGAAAUGUGCACCGAUCCUCUAUUCCAUGUUAGAAAGGUUUGUGCGGCCAAUUUCGGAGAUUUUUGUUCAGUCGUUAGCCAGGAGAGCACUGAAAAGAAACUACUGCCCAAGUUCUACUACCUGUGUGAGGACGGUGUGUGGGGGGUGAGAAAGGCGUGUGCCGAGUGCUUCAUGACUGUUUCCUGCACCUGCUCCCAUGACGUCCGCAAGACCGAGCUGUCGGCUCUGUUUGUCAGCCUCCUCUGUGAUCAGUCUAGAUGGGUACGGAUGGCAGCCUUUCAACAGUUAGGGCCAUUCAUAUCCACAUUUGCCGAUGCUGACUGUACUGGUCUCUAUAUGCAAGAGGACGGUAGUCUCGUCUUUAAACCUUCAUAUGCAAUGAAAAAAAGGCAAAAGGAAGAGGAGGAGGAUUCUGUUGUUUCAGAGAUUGUUGACUGUGAUAGUAAAACUUUGCCUGAUGUUAUACCCACCAAUAUGUUAGAACAAAACCAAUCUGCAGUUUGUGAUAUUACUGCUAAUGUUAUGAUGGUUGACAUGGACACAUCUGCUGACAAUGAUUCAUUAGAAGACAAAAAGAAGAAAGUUGGAACGGAAUCUGAAUGGAGGGACUUCGGUAGUAGUCCUGGUCUUGUACAAGUCAAUACUGACAAAUCUGUUGAAGAAAUAAGAGCUGAACAUUACGUAGGCCAAAAUAUAGAAAAGGACAAAAUUGUAGAAACAUUAAGUGAUGAAAAGACAAUAGAAUCAAAUGUUGUAGAACCUGUUCAAGAUAUUGUAGACACUCAAACUAGUACGGGUCAUAAUAGUAAUAAUAAUCUAACAGAAGAACAUAUAGGUGAUGUACAUACUAUAGGUACAAAUUCAGGCGCUCAAGACGAUUCUUCUGAUAUAGUAAAAAGUCUAAAUGAUGCAAAACAUAAAGUUGAGAGUGUGCAGGACCAAUCAGAACAUCAAGAGGUAGCUGUAAAUGUAGAAAACUCCAGUAAUUUUAAUUCGUUUCAAUUCUGGAGGACUCCUUUACCUGUCGUAGAGUUAGAUCUAGACUUGUUACAAGAUUCCAGCACUGAGCCAGAGAUGUUUAGGGACCCAUUUGAAGAUAACCGACCACACACCGAUCAGUGUGCCGCCUUUGCAAACACUCUUGAAGAUUUGUCUAUCUGUGAUAACCUGCCAAAUACUGUGAUAGAUGACCAGUAUAGAAUGUCCCGGGAAAGCCUGGGUAGCAAUGAGGUCGACAUUUCUGACAUCGAGCCCAUAACGCCCAUAGACGAUACUGAGGAGACAACUAUGAGAGUUAUCAAUGGAGUUGUUCAAGAUCUUUCAGAUAUUAACCUAGGCCAUAUAGACAGUAAAUUGCUGCUGUCCUUGUUGCCUCUUGCAGAUCUAAGUGGGGGCGUGAGCAACAUGAUGUACAUGGACCACGACUUCUCCUCCCUUUCCCCCAGUGGUCUCCAUGGAAACCUACCGGACGAUGCCACUCUGGCACAACAGCAGGACAUAAUACCCCAGAGCCUUCUGGAGAAUUACCUCGGGAUGACUGAACCCUCCAGGGCCCAGACUGUGGACACGGACAUCACCAAAUACUGUGCCUACAACUUGCCUGCAGUGGCCUAUACACUAGGCAGAGAGAACUGGCAUUGUAUACGUAACCUCUAUGAGACCUUGGCUGCAGAUAUGCAGUGGAAGGUGAGACGCACGUUGGCCUUCUCAAUACACGAGCUAGCUGUGAUACUGGGUGAGGAGAUAACGCACAGAGACCUGGUCCCUGUAUUUGAUGGCUUUCUUAAGGACUUGGAUGAAGUCAGGAUUGGAAUACUGAGGCAUCUUGCAGAUUUCUUGAAGUUUUUACACCCGAACGUUCGAAGACAGUAUCUGAUCAAGGUUCAGGACUUCAUGAAUGUUGACAACAGCAGAAACUGGAGGUUUAGACAGGAAUUAGCUGAACAACUGGCGUUGAUAGCAGAGUUGUACUCUGCAACUGAGAUCAGUGAUCAUUUGUUGCCAAUGGCGAUAGCUCUGGCUGAGGACAAGGUGGCUGAAGUGAGAUUGGACGCCUACCACUUGAUAAGUGUGAUGAUCAAGCGUAUGAGAGAUAGUGGGGAUGAGAAACUAGUCCAAUACCUCAUCAAUCAGUUGAUACAGAAGUUUGCACUUAACUCCAAUUGGGCUCGAAGACAAAUCUACACCCUGCUGUGCUCCAGUGUUGUACGGGAGGAGUCACUGAGCCCACAGGAGUUUGCCCGGGACAUGCUGCCCUCCCUGCUUGACCUGGUCAAGGACACGGUGCCCAACGUACGCAUCACGCUGGCCAAGACAUUGUACUCAUAUAUCAACAAUGAAAAGUACAGUGGGUGUGAGGGCCAUUCCAGCGUGUCCGAGGUGGAGGAAGUGAUGUCACAGCUGAGGUUGGACAGCGACCGCGACGUGCGCUUCUACUGCUCACCCGAGGCCUAUCAGGAAACUACUGCCUAUUCAGACGACACUAAUAGUCUAAAUGAAUACCAGGUAGAUUUCAGGCUAGCUGACCAGCUCUCACAAUGGUAUUCAGGAGGAAUGUAAACAGAUUCUGACUGUCGAAAAAAAAUGUCUGAAAAGCUGUGAUCAUUGGAUUACAUUUGUGGUGGGCUGGCUCCUGGACUCUUGGGUUCACAUUAAAGCUACUAGCAGAAGAUUGGAUGCAAUAAACAUUUUGAUGCAACUUGCAAAUUAUGUUUAUUCACUGUUUGUACCCAUAGCUGUGCCAGGAGAAGAUAAUGCAAGCUCAAUUGGCUUGCAUGCACUAAUGAUUUGAUAUAACAGUACAUUUUGGGAUGGGCUCUGUGAAAAGGGGGUAAUAAUAUGUGCAUAAAGUGUCAGCCAAGAUAGCCUGUGCAGUCCGCACAGGCUAAUCAUGGAGGACACUUUCCGCUUGUAUUGUAUUUUUCGUUGAAAGGAUGACUGUUCUUGACGAAAAUCCAAUUAAGGUGGAAAUGGUCAUUCCUGAAUAGCCUGUGCGCACUGUUAAGGUUAAUCUGGGACGACACUUUGUACAAAUUCAUUUAACCCCCUUUUCACAGAGCCCGGCCCAUUUGAAGUACGGUUCUGUUGAUUGUUCACGUAAUAAAAAAGAUAAGCCAGUACAGAACAAGACUCAUUGUUCAAUGACACUUUUCUGAGAUGUGAUCAUUGUUUUCUUUAAAAUAGAUGGGCUCAAUCUUGGUACAAUUCUAGUGUGUGUUUUUACAACACAUUUUAAUUUAUCCAAAUUUAAUGUUAAUGAAAAUAAAGCAAUAACAUUUACUGUAAUUUCUUUCACUUAUAAAUAACAUCGGCCUGUAUUAACAAUAUUACAUUGAUCUUUCAUUCAGUUAGAAAUUGUAUCAUUUAGUUACAUAUUUUUUUAAGAAAGCAUUUAAAACAAACCGUGUUUUGUGUGAAAGUUGUUUAUAAUUUACAUAAAGCUAGUUUUUUAAAAACAAUUUACUGACAUUAAUAUAAGCAAGUGAAAACAUAGUUGGUAUUUCGAAAACCAGAUUUCAGUCUUUUCAAAUUCUUUCUGCUUGCCCAUCCAUUGUGGUGAUAUUCUGCCAGUCACAGAUCUUGUAGUAUUUUGUUAUGCAUGUGGGUCUUUGAGAAAUGCUCUUUAAAUAUGUUUCUGAACAAUAUGUGUUUGUUUUUUGUGUAUCAGUUAAGAAGUUGGUAUCUUGGUGUAUUAAUACGUUUUAAUUAAUAGGCUGCACAUAAUACAUUUGUAAUAUUAUUUUUUAUAUAUAAAUGUUCUUUUUUAACUUAUUUGCAUCGGUGAAUAUUUUAUUAAUAUCAAACAUAAAUUAUAUUUGUAAGAACAUUUUUAGAGGUAGCAUUAUCAAAAACCAUUUUAAAUUGUUAUCAAAAUACUACAUGACAGCAGAGAUUUGUCAGAUUUUCCACCAUGAUGGGGUCUUUUUGUAAUUUACAAUUUUACGAGAGGAUAGCAAGUUUUUUUUAAAGUAUAAUUUGCCAUGUGGGAUGAGUGUAACAAUGGCCUGCAUGUAUGCAUAAUACAAUUAAUCUGUGUUGCCAUAAGAUAAUGUGUCAGUGAAUUAUAUGUUUAUAUUAAUUCUAAUGUGUUUCUGUGAUAAAUGUUUGAUAUUGAUUAAAGCAUGAACUUUGUUUGGAAGUUAUUUGCCUUAUUUUUGUGUUUUACUGUGCAAAAAUUAAGGAGUGCUCUAAACAGUGAAGGGGGACCACUCUGAUUUCUCAGGCCUUCCGAGAGUUACCUACCAUUCUACUAUUUUAUGGGAACAUGUUUUGUAUUCUUCAAAAAAAAUGUGCACAUUUCGUCUUCUAUGCAUGAUGUUAUAUGCAUUUCAUCAGCACAUUAUAAGUGUUGCAAAGUAAUGUUUUGCUUAUUGUGUGAUUAAUUGAAAUUCAUGUAUUCUUAAAAUCUUAAUAAUUAACAUUUAGCUUGUAAACUUUUAAUGUGUGUGUGUAAUAAAUUUAAUUAUUUAGUAAUUAGUGUAAUAAGUUAAAAUUUCUAAUGAAUUAAUAUGCAAAUGAAUUGAUAUGCGAAUGCAUAAUGAAAUGUGUUUUGUAAAAGAAUCAAGUUUUUAUGAACUUAUUGCUUCUUCUGUAUGGUCUUAUAUUUGGAUACUUAUUAUUCCCCGCCAAAGGCACAGGGAUACCUUUUCCAGGGUAUUAACAGUCAGUCCACCUGUCACAAUUUUUUUUCGGAGGAUAUCAAUUUGCUUGUGGUUUUUUAUAAAGUUGCCUGAAAAAGUUCUUUUUGAAACUUGAAUAAUACUGUAAGUCUCUUUUAUAUUUACCAGUAUACCAGUAUGGUCCAAAUUAUCAAGUUCUUAGUCCCAUCAGGGACGAUCUACUUCUUCAUCGAGGGCUGGAUUUAAACAAUAAUACUUGAUUUACACAUGUUAAAUUGAUAUUAUAUAUAUUAUUCCACGCUUGAUUCUUUAUUUAUCAUGUUAACAUAGUUCUUUUCAGCUUGUCGUCUGUUAAUGGGGUAGACUUUAUAUCAAUGGGCGGUUGUUAGAACGGUACCUAGAUAAAUGAAUAAGCGUGGGUGUUUGGUAGUCAAAUGUCUUUCAAAUGAUUUUUGGUGCCAGAAUAGCAUUAGAUGUUGACAUGUUUGUGUUUAUGUCAUUUUGUUGUAAACUAAUUUAAGGUAUCAUGUUAAAUAGUUAGCUUGAAAAUUUGACAUAGAACGUUGUUAGCUCAUAAUAAAAAUAGUUUUUGUUUUUUUGUUUUUUUCAGCAAUUAAGACAAUCUCAUCCUAGUAGAAGUGUUGAACUGUUUUCAUCGUAGAUUAUUUCCUGCAAUUCAAAGAAUGCUUUGAGGAAAAUCCUUAGUUUCAAAUUUAUAGUAAAACAGUCUUUCAUACUCAUACUUAUAAUAGUUUAUUGGUCUGACUCAGCCGAACGUUUAACAGACUAACAUAAAAGACAAUUAUCUUUAAACAGAUUGUUCACAUGAUGUUUAUGCUUUUAAAACGGCCAGAUAUGGCAACAACUAUAUUCAUAGUCAGUGUAUUACAAAUAUGAAGCACAAUAUUGGUUAAUUUUGAUAUUCGAGAAAAAGUUAACAAGAAAUAGGUUUUUAUAUUUUAUUUGUUUUUAAAGUCUUAACAUCGCAAGUUGUGUCUGUAAAGGCCUGUGAAUGUCUUAUGCAUUGUCUUGCUUAUUCCGCGUUGUAACUUGAAUAACCUAAAAAGUGUAUUAGGAUUUUUAUUGUAUAUGAUUUUGUUUUAGUUUGAUGAAUAAAAGCUUCUGUAUGUAUAUUUAUUUAUUUACCAGAUUAUUUCAUAUAUUUCAAAAUAGUGUUAAAUUUCAAAGAUGCCUAUACACUGUUUGUCAAAGAAAAUUACGGUUGGGAAUAAACAUAAUAAUUUA